CGAUAAUAAUAGUUGCUAAAAGACCAACCAGAUUCCAGUCAACUUAUUUGGACCAGAUGCCUUCAGUUUACUCCUUACCUAGAUCUAAUUGUCGUCUCACUGAGACUCUGAUCUGCUUUGUUUCCGUAGUUAAUUGAUUUUGCCGGCCAAGGACAAAACAAACAAUAUUCGUGUUUGGUAGAUGGGUCACUCGUCAGCAGCCCAACUUGAAGCCUGCGCUAUGGUGUUUUCAACAAUUCAUCAGACAAAAAGAAGGAUUGUUGGGUUGGCAGUCAGUCUGUUCCAGUCACCAAGCUACUGUAUAGUUCCCUCUUUCUUCUUCUUCUUCUUCUUCUUCUUCUUCUUCGAGAAACAGCAGAGAGGGAGAGAGAGUGAGAGAUGGAGAUGGACAGUAGUUGCAGGAGCUUCCAAGCAGAGGAUUCCCGGGAAAUUCAAUAUUCGGCAACCGACUUGGCCUUGGAGCAUAUUGGACUCCUGUGGAAUUUCAAGCGCGAGCUUCGGAAAUUGAAGGACACGGUCUCCAGAAUCCAGGCCGUGCUCCAAGACGCCGAAGAGAAGCAAUUCCGCAAUCAUCAGGUCAAAGAUUGGCUUGAGAAGCUCUCCGACGUCAUGUAUGAUGCUGACGAUCUGCUCGAUGAUUUCUCUACCGCGGCUCGCAGAAAGGCCGUAGUGCUAGCAGCAGCAGCAACAACAGCAGAUGAUGGUGGUGGUGACAGGAGAAGGACGCCAGCAACGACUUGUUGGAGUUUGGUAUGCUUUCUGUUCUCCUCACUUCCACAACAAUUGUGGUAUGAUCUUACGAUGGCGAAUGCUAUCAAGGCUAUCAGAGAGAAGCUUGAUGAUAUAUCGAAAGACAAGGAGACUUUGCAUCUGGAAGUUCAUUCUGUCGAGGAGGGCGAAGCUCUUCAUUCCAGCAGGGAGACUGAUUCCUGCCCACCCACAAUUGUUGUUGGGAGGGAAGAUGACAAGAAGAAUAUCAUUGGAUUAUUGCUGAAUUCCAAUUCUGAAUCCAACAUUUCAGUUGUACCAAUUGUUGGGAUGGGCGGACUGGGGAAGACUACUCUUGCUCAGCUUGUAUACGAUGACGAUCAAGCAAACAGCCACUUUGAUAUCAAAGCUUGGGUCUAUGUUUCACAGAGCUUUAACGUCAAAGUGAUUCUCGGAAAGAUGCUGCGAUCAAUAGACCGUGAUGCUCAAGUGGGUCCUGAGUUAGACGAUUUGCAAGCUCAACUCCGAGAAAAAAUCAAAGGCAAGAGGUUUUUGUUCGUAUUGGACGAUGUUUGGGAGGAGACAGGUCGAAGUUGGGAGACUUUGGGCAAGUAUUUGACGGUUGGUGCUCUUGGAAGCAAAGUGUUGGUAACUACUCGAUCCACUAAAGUGGCAGAGGUUGGUGUUGGAGCUCUAAAGUCCGAAACAAGUACCAGCAUCGUGAAAUCUUAUUACUUGAAAGGAUUGUCAGAAGAAGAGUGUUGGAAUUUGUUGGUGAAAAAGGCCCUCCCAGAAGGAGUCCCGCAAGACCCACAAGUACAAGAAAUUGGUAAACAAAUAUUGAGGAAAUGUCAUGGGGUUCCUCUUGCCGUGAGCACCAUAGCUGGCGUGUUAGUAGAUUCGACAGAUCCGAGCACCCAGUGGCCAUCUUUUCUUCAAAAGGGUCUUUCGAGCGUCAUGAGAGGAGAAGAAGAUCCUAUUAUGUCAGCUCUCCAGCUCAGCUUCAAUCAUCUCCCUUCCCACAUGAAACAUUGCUUUACUUAUUGUAAGUUGUUUCCGAAGGGUUUUCGAUUUGAUAUUCAAACGCUGGUCCGACUUUGGGUUGCGCAAGGGUACAUUGAGUCCGAAGAUAGAGGCUUCGACUGCUUCAAAACGUUGUGGUGGAGGUCAUUUUUCCAAGAGGUGUGGGUGGAUGAGUUGGGGAUUAUCUCAACAUGCAGAAUGCACGAUUUAAUGCAUGAUUUAGCAGAUUCAGUAGCGGGAGAAAAGAUCGUGAGAAGCUCAAGUUUAACUAUUCUAAAAAAUAUUCCUUCGAAGACUCGUCACUUGACAAUAUCAGCUGACGAUGGUGAUGAACCAGUAGAUUGUGGUGAUGGGUGGGGAAACAUAAGCAAGGUACGGACUCUUUUAUGUUUCAAAUCUCUUUCAAACAAUGAACUUGAGCAAGUGCUUAAUAACUUGUUACGUGUGCGCGUGCUGAUCAUUGCUAAAAGAAACCCAAACUUUGGUGAAGGCAGCUCUGUCUUGGAUGCUUCAACAUUACCGAUAUCUUUUGAUAAAAUGAUGCAUUUAAGAUAUCUUGCUCUCUGUUGCACUGAAUGGAAAAAGCUUCCAAACUCUAUUACCAACUUGGUUAACCUGCAAGUGCUUAAGCUCAUCGAUGGAAAGUGGCUAGAAGAACUACCAAGAGAUACCAAGAAGCUUGUUGAUUUGAAGCAUCUUGAGCUCGAUCCGGUAUGUCCAGCAUAUUUGACCCAUAUGCCAAAAGGGAUUGGAGGGUUGAAGUUCCUUCGAACAUUACCGGUGUUUGCGGUAGGCAAAAGGAGCAACAAUGGUAAUCACCAGAGGCAGGGGGCCGGGUUGGAUGAGUUGAAAGGGUUGAAUGCAUUGUAUGGAGAGUUGACCAUCAAAGGCUUGGCAAAUGCGGACUCUCCAAGACAAGGUUGCUAUGUCUUGAAGGAGAAGCCACAUCUGCUGUCCCUCAAUUUGUAUUUGGGCUCAUCUGAUGACAAAGUUGACGACGUUACUUUCUUGUCUAAUCGCGAUGAAGGGAUACUGGAAAUGCUUCAGCCAACACACUCUAAUUUGAAGAAAUUGAGGAUACACGAUGUUUUCCAAGGCGCGAAGCUUCCGAUCUGGUUGUCUGGCCUCACGAAUUUGGUCGAGUUCGUAUUGAAAGAUUGCAAGCGAUGUGAGAACCUCCCGCCAUUGCAUCAAAUGUCGAGCUUAAGGAAGCUUGCAAUUAAGAACUGUCCAUUGUUGAAGGGCAUCGAUAACGACGACGACAAUCAUGACGAGUGGCCUCGGUUUCACAACCUUUCCUACUUGCGCAUUCGGAAUUGUCCAAGCCUAAUCCGGUUGCCCACUUUCCCUACGGUCGAAGGCAAGCUUGUGUUGGAAAACGUGAGCUUGGCUCCAUUUUCCAGGACCAUGAAGAUGAGGAGAGCAAGAGAAGGACAUUCCAAUGAAUAUGCCUGUGAUACUACAAAUAUCCAUCCUCUUAUCCCUUCUUCUUCAACGUCGGUCCACCCACUCUCCAAGUUGACCAAGUUAACCUUAAAAAGGGUCGAAGAUGAUCUUGAAUCCAUAUCUGGUCCUGAUUUGAGCAGCUGUCUGGCCUCUCUUCAGGAGUUGAAGGUUCAGAGAUGCAUACAAGGCAAGAAGUUACCAAGUUCGUUGUGUUCCAGUGUAUACCUUACGGAGAUCUUUUUAUCUUGGUGCAUAACUAUAGAGUACCUGCCACCCCUACAUGAACUCCCAUCUUUGAGGGGGCUAAACGUUGAGUACUGUUUUCGGCUGAAGGGGUGUUGGUGGAAGAAAAAGAAGAAGACGACGGGGAAUGAUGAUAACGACAAUCACAAGGAUGAUGGUGAUGAUCAUUAUUAUAACUUUGACCCUUCAAUCCAACAAGACGAUAAGGAGAUGGAGGAGUACUGGCCCCGGUUCCCUCGUCUUUCCAGACUUCAAAUCACAGGUUGCCCAAUGCUGAUUCGGAUGCCUCUGUUUCCAACUGCUGAAGACAGCUUGACGCUGGUAGGAACGAGCUCACAGGCACUAGAGCUCACAAUGAAGAUGAAACCAGUAGCGGCUCAUCAUCAUUUCGACUCUCAGCAACAUUCUACUACUUGGGCAACAACAACAACAACAACAAGCACCACCACCGAUGCUCGCUCUUCUAGCUCUUCGUUUCCGAGGACUGCCCUUGUCGCUCCGCUUUCUAAGUUGACGCACUUGAAGCUUUGGCAUAUCUACGACUUGGAAUCUCUACCAGAAGAAGGCCUCUGUCACCUCAGUUCUCUCAUAGACUUGGAGAUACAUGAUUGUCCAAAAUUAGCAACCCUGCCUCCAGCGAUGCGACGCCUCACCUCUUUACAGUUCUUGGACAUCGACAACUGCGCACAGUUGACAGAAAGGUGUAAGCAGGAAGAUUGGCCCAACAUUUCCCACGUCCCAUGCGUACUAUUGAACAAAGAGAUGGUCCAUGAUACAGAGGGAAGAGGUAAAUUUGACUGCCUCUUGUGGAGGUCGAUGAUGAGGAAAGGGGGAAUGGGUAAAUUUGACGGCCUCUUGUGGAGGUCGAUGAUGAGGAAAUUGUAGCAGCUUUGCAAGUUGAGGAGAGUGCAGUCGAGCCUCCAACCGGAUAGGUAACCGCAUUUUUAUCCCUUUUUGGCAGGCCAGGCUCCUCUGCUGUUGAAACUUUGCUUUAACAGGUUCCUUUGUUGCUCUGAUUGAGCAAUGACUGUUCAUGUGGUGGUGCUAGGUUGCCAAUAAUGUACGAUGGUCGGCUGGACGAGACAAUCUGCUCUUCAAGUUGCAAACUUGUUUCACAAGAGAAGAUUUUUCAACAUCACUGCUGUCAUUUUGAAUUGCAGAGCUUUAUUAUUGCCUUCAUUUACCAAGGCAGGAAAACCAGUCAUACUGCAGUCUGCUUUUAGAAAACUGAUCAUUUCCAUUGCUGUUUGUUAUGAUGUUUUGCUUGAGAGACUGUUUGCUCCAAUUUUUAUAAUAUGUUUUUUUUGUGCACAAUAGUCCUGGAUAGCGAUCUCAUAUGGUUGAAUUCAACGUAAUGAUGCACUCUGUUUGAUGUUCUUGAUCUUCUCUUGAUUUUGAGUUCCACGAUUCUGCAGCCAGUCACGUUAAGGUUUCUCGUCCUGACUAGCUUGAUAAUAAGUAAUAACACUGUUUGAUGAAUUUGUUGACCAGGGCAACAUCUCCUGUUUCCAUUGUCGUUCUCGGUCAAUUCAAGGCCUGCAUUGUGCUGCUGGCUACUACUACAUAUUCGAAUCGAAUCCCGGAGCGAUCAGGGACUACCAUUUUAGCGAAAUGACCACUUGUUGUUCCCAAUAACUCGAGUUGUUGGAAAAGGAUUUGUUAAGCCUUUUAAUAUCUUACAUAGUUGUGUAUUAUUGUAUCCAGAGAAAGCCCACUUUGUGUUCGACAAUAGACGUUACUAGUUACU